AUAUGAGCGAACUGGUAACUAAACGCAUCUUGGCUUCCUCGCAUAACCUUUACCGGGCAAUUUUUGCUAUAAAUACACAGGCCCCUUUGUCUCAAGCCUUCACCCACAAAAGCCUCCAUAGAACAGGCUGUUUACGCUGUCCCAAAAACACAAUGUUGGCUGUGGCGGAGGAGCCUCACGUGGCCUUCCUCCAAAGCCCCGGCCUCGGCCACAUAAUCCCCCUCUUCCAGUUCGCAAAGCACCUCGUACUCCACCACCAAGUCCGUGUCAGUUUUCUGGUGAUCACCACCGGAGCCUCCAAUGCGCAGAACCAGUUCCUCCAGUCUGCCACCAUUCCACCACAACUCCAAGUCGUUAACAUACCACAAUCUGACAUGACCGACAUCAUCACUGAGGACAUGCUUCUAUUGACUAAACUAUGUGUCAUGACUCAAGAAUCCCUCAAACCUUUGAAAUCCAUUUUAGUUGAAUUAAAACCUAAAGCUCUCAUCAUUGACAUUUUUACCACUCAAGCCAUUGAUGUUUGUGAAGAACUAUCCAUUCCUGUUUACUCGUUUUUCACUGCUUCAACUAUUUUACUUACAUUUUCAUUGUAUCUCCCCAAACUGGACUCCCAAGUAGAGGGCGAAUUCGUGGACCUUCCCGGGCCAGUUGAGGUCCCUGGUUGCCCCCCAAUUCGCACAAAUGACCUUCUUGAUCAGGUAAAAGACAGAAAAAAUGAAGAAUACAGUUGGUAUUUGUUUCACGUAAGUAGGAUGCCUCUGGUCGCUGGCAUUUUCGCGAACACCUGGCAGGAUCUUGAACCUGUUACACUCAAAGCAUUGAAAGAAAAUCCAUUUUUUGAAGAAAUUUCAACUCCUCCAGUUUAUCCAAUAGGGCCCAUAAUCAAAGAUGACGAAUUUUUAACAGAAAAAGAUGCAGAAAUCGGAGCCUGGCUGGAUAAUCAACCAACUGAUUCAGUUCUAUUCAUCAACCUUGGNGGGGUGGCGUUGAAGCCGGUGGUAGAACCGGGGCAGGAAGUGAUCGGAAGAGAGGAGGUCAAGAGGGUGGUUAGGGCGGUGAUCGUAGGGGAAGAAGGCAAGGCCAUUAGGCGCAGAGCUAGAGAAUUAAAAGAAAGUGCAUGCAAAAUGUUGGAAAAGGGUGGAUUUUCUUAUGAUUCAAUAUGUCGAGUAGUAGACAUUUGGAAAGCGAAGGGUUAG